CACAGCAAUUCGAACUUUGGUGCUCUGCGACUGUUUUCCUCUACUCAUUCGAACUUCCCGUAGACUACAUGGGCAAAAAGAGCAAAGAGGUUGCCGACCAGUGGCAGGGACUACCUAAGCCACCGGAAAAGCCAAGUGCAGCUGGCACAGCGACCGAGGUGUUGCUGAAUGCGUUCCGCAUUUCGGAAAUUAAAUGCAGGCACAUUUACGCAUACAAGGCUACAGUGGUUGGCGCCAAACGCGUUCCCGUAGCAAUCAAAAGUGAACUGGUGAAGGCGGCAAUCGGAGCGACAGACAGGUACUUUGUCUAUGAUGGUGGCGAGUUCAUAUUUACGCCCAAAUCGAUCAUUGGCAAGAAGGACUCUAUCGGCGAUGAACUGAAGAAGACCAUUCCGCGGCUGUUUGGGCGGCCCGAGACUAUGCACCAGUUCGAGGUGACCAUUAGCAUGCAUCGGCGCUAUGAGACGAAGGCGCUGAAAAGGUACUGCGAUGGUGAUCGAUCGAUUCCAGAGACAUACAUCCACGACUUGCUGUUUGUGCUGGAUCGGAUAUUCCGGGUUUACCCUAUGAUCCAGCUGGGUGUUCUGGGGAAUACUUGCGUGACGGAGUUUGAGAAGAUUAGGACCGACGCCGGGUUCGAUAUCUGGUGGGGGUUCCGGCAGACCGUCAAGGCAGGCCAGGGCUCGCUGUUUCUGAGCAUUCACACAAAGCCAGUGCCUGUAAUCAGCGGCCGCACACUGCAGGACAUGGCGAUGGAUUUCUUCCGCUCCAAGCGGGUGCAGUCACUUGAGGACCUGCAGAUCGACGACUGGCGGAGGAUGGCACCGGUGCUAAAAAAUGUAAAAUUCAGAAUACCUGGAUCGGAUGCCACGGCGUGGAUCUCGGGGUUCUCACCAGUGCCCGCCAGCAGAGUGAGAAUUGACGGCGUGCCUAUCGCUCAGUUCUACAAGGCAGAUAUAGACACCCGCUUGCCUUGUGCAAAGACUGCUCUGGGAACCAUGGUGCCCGUGGAGCUGUGCGAGGUGGUGCCUGGUCAGAUGCUGCCCAAAGUCAGUGGGUAUCAGCAGUCGCAGGUGUUUCGGUUUGGUAGCCUCAGCCCACAGGCGCGACAGAGGAUCACCGAGCAUGGAAUCGAGCUUUUGGACACAGCUAAUAAUCCGGAUCUGAAGGCGUUCGGUAUCACUGUCAGCCAGCAGCUCGAAAAGUUUGACGCCCGCGUUUUACAGACACCGCAGCUAAAGUUCCGAGACGAUCAAGCCAUAACUCCGUCGCACGCACACUGGCAGGCAGACAGACAAAAAGUCAUCGAGGGCAAGCAACUCGUAUCAUGGGCCAUCAUAUGCUUUACUAACCAGCGCAUGGUGCCACAAGCGAUGGUCAGUACAUUUGUGAACCAGCUGGCCAAGACAUGCAGUAAGAUCGGCGUCCAGAUCGCAUGCACUGCACCGCCCAUCAGGUACGCGCCGAUGAACUGCUCUAUCGAGUCAGAAAUCCGCAGCGCGUGCCAGGCGGCCGAAACACAGUCGAAGGUGCCUGUCCAGCUCGUGAUGUGCGUCCUACCAGCAAACAGCCUGGCACGGUACGGCGAGAUCAAGCGUGUUGGCACCACCGUCGUCGGAGUUAUGACACAGUGUCUGCUGGCAAACAACGUUCGGCAGGGCAACAACCCAAAGUACACGACACUAGUGGGCCUGAAGAUCAACACAAAGCUUGGCGGCUUCACUGCGGGCUUGCAGACCCAUGACAUGCCUGGCAUCGACUCGACAAUGGUGAUAUCAGCGGACGUCAAUCACACUACAGAGGCUGGCAAUAUGUCAGUAGCAGCGAUCCUGAGCUCAGUAGACUUGGAGUGCCGGCGGUUCGCCGGCACUGUGCUACAGCACCCGAAGAAGAUGGAGUUUAUCGAAAACUUUGACGUCAUCGUGCGCCAUUGUCUGCGGAUUUUUUACAGCAAGACAAAGCAAAAGCCCAAGCGCAUCAUCUACUAUCGCGAUGGCAUUGGCGACUCAGUGCUGCAGACAGUCAAGCAGCUUGAGCUCGAUGGGAUUUACAAGGGGUGUGAAUUGAUCGAGCCCGGGUACCGGCCCAAGGUGACAAUGGUAAUUGUGCGAAAGCGGCACCACACACGCAUACUGCCCGCACCAGGGCAGGAUCUAUGCACCGAGGCUGGGGGGAACGGUAACUGUCUACCGGGAACCGUGCUUGAGCAGGGCGUAGUCAACCCAUGCUUGUUUGACUUUUACCUGCUGGCGCAUGCAUCGACUAUCGGCACUGCACGACCAGCAUAUUAUAUGGUGCUACACGAUGACAGCCAGUUUUCGGUUGAGGACAUCCAGCGACUCACAUACAAUCUCAGCUACUUGUAUCCUAUUGUGCCCAAGGCUGCCACCAUGCCAGCCCCUGUCUACUAUGCACAUAGGCUAACGGGUCAGGGGAGAUUCCACACAAACAUUCCAUUUGAUCAGCUAUCCAAGUUCACAGGUAAGCGUACCGAUGAUGUGGCGUUGGUUCCAGUGCACCGGAAUCUGGAGGGCGACAUGUAUUUCAUGUGAUGAUAAAUAAAUGCUCAUCAUUUGUGACAAG